CUUGCUGACUUGUACUGACAAAGAAAGAGGGCUGAAAGCAAAUAUGAUUCGAUUUCAGUGUGUGGUAUUCGCCCUGGUCUUAUAUUUAAAAGGUUCUCUUUGCCAACUCAAUGUAUGUGGUCGUGCGCCUUCAAACAGUUUUAUUCUGGGUGGGCAGAACGUUUCAGAAGGUGACUGGCCAUGGCAGGUUACUUUACAGAGGUCUGGUAAACACGGUGGCCAUUUUUGUGGAGGAUCACUCAUCAACAAAAAGUGGGUUCUAACAGCAGCACACUGUUUCGACAGGUUAAAAAGGAGAAUAAAUCCUAAUGUGACUGCAUAUUUGGGGAAAGUGACUUUUUCUGGCAUCAAUUCCCACCAGGUUAUUAGGCGUGUAGAACAGGUGAUCCUGCACCCCAAGUACAACAGCACAACCAAAGACAAUGACAUUGCUCUCCUGCGUCUGCACGCUUCUGUAACUUUCUCAAAUUACAUCACACCAGUGUGUCUGGCUGGACGAGGCAGCAUGCUUCCUGAAAACACAAUUAGCUGGGUCACAGGCUGGGGAAACAUUAACUCUACAGGGCCUUCAUCCGACCUGCAGGAGGCAAUGGUUCCCACUCUAAAUAAAGCAAUUUGUGGUUAUCUGUUGAGUCCUGAAACUCUUACCACAAACAUGAUCUGUGCUGGUUAUCUAAAUGGAGGCCCAAGGAUCUGCCAGGGUGAUUCUGGUGGUCCGUUGGUGACUAAGCUGGGUGCAGCCUGGAUUCAGGCUGGCAUCUCUAGCUGGCGUAAGGACUGUGCUCAAAACAACUCACCUGGUGUGUACACGCUGGUGUCCCAGUACCAGAACUGGAUAUCUAAAAAAAUCAAAAACAGUCUUCCUGGAUUUGUGACGUAUAUUUAAUCAUAAAAAAAUAAAAUUAUUUUGGAUCAUGAUUCACUAUCUGGCUUCCACAGUAAUCCACCAAAUCUUGGUCAAAAUGUGUUCUUCUGUAUUUUCCAGGUAUUAAUACAGAGGGACUGAAACUGAUAGCAGUAAUUAUGAUUUAGGGAAUUAAAGAAUUUCAGUUUAACAGCAGCAUAUUUUUUUAUACAUAUUUUAUCAUCACAGAGGGGAGGGGGGAGAAAGAUGAAUAUAAUGUUAUAUAUUGAAAUAUAUCAAAGAUACAUCAUACCAUUUUUUGUCUGACAUAUAUAAACUGUAUGUAAUGAGGAUAUACCUACAGUAUAUUGAUCUGAUAUUCUUGGUCAGUGUUGUAAUAAUUAUAUAAGUUUGUUUAACAUCAA